CCAGUUGCAAGUCUCCCAAUAAGUACAGCUCCCAUGUAAAUCAGAACAGAGCAUCUCUUAGACAGGGAAAAAAGCAGGAUCAUAUUUUACACUGUGAUCUGUUCUCUACAUCCACUGAGAAAAUGGUAGAUGCUUUCUGUGCCACCUGGAAACUGAUAGAUAGCCAGAACUUUGAUGAGUACAUGAAAUCCCUGGGAGUUGGCUUUGCUACCAGACAGGUGGGAAAUGUCACUAAGCCAACAGUCAUCAUCAGCCAAGAAGGCGAUAAAGUGGUAAUCAAGACCCAGAGCACAUUCAAGAAUACAGAGAUCAGCUUCAAGCUAGGGGAGGAAUUUGAUGAAAACACUGCUGAUGACAGGAACUGCAAGUCCACUGUAACCCUAGAAGGGGAUAAGCUGGUGCAUGUGCAGAAGUGGGAUGGUAAAGAAACCAAAUUUGUAAGAGAAAUUAAAGAUGAUAAACAGGUUAUGACUCUGACCUUUGGUGACAUUGUAGCAGUCCGUCAGUAUGAGAAGGCAUAAACUCUGGCAAGCUGUCUUUGCUCACUGGUUACUAAAGUGUUACAUGCCAUACACAAAUUGCACUGAAGAUGACACAUGACAACUGACAUUUUUUCCCCUGCAAUGAAAACCGUCUUCUGCAUCUCUGAUCUAUGUACAUUACCAAAUUGAUAACUUUGCAUUUCGCUGAUGACAGCAAUGUAACAGAUUUUUAUUAAAAUGGUAAAGACCUGUA